AUGGCAGCUCCCGAAGUUCAUCACUUGUUCCAUAACCCCAUUGCGGAUCACUCAUUCUCUGCGGACCAUAGCACCCUCGCCGUUGCACGGGACUCCUACGUUGAAUUAUAUGGACGAGUUGGCAAUGCAUUCAAGCUCAAAGAUGAGCUGAAGGGCCACGAUAAGACUGUCACCAGUGUGGACAUUGCGCCUAGCAGCGGCCGUAUCGUCACUUGUUCGCAGGACCGAAAUGCCUUGGUAUGGGAACCGUCCCCUACAGGAUACAAGCCUACUCUUGUGCUUCUCCGAAUCAGCCGAGCCGCCACUUUUGUUCGAUGGUCUCCUUCCGAAACGAAGUUUGCCGUCGGGUCCGGUGAUCGUGUCAUUGCCAUCUGCUACUUUGAGGAGGAAAACGACUGGUGGGUGUCGAAGCACCUGAAGAAGCCCAUUCGCAGCACCAUCACGAGCGUUGCAUGGCACCCCAACUCUGUGUUGCUUGCCGCCGGUUCGACCGAUGCCCACGCAAGAGUCUUCUCUAGCUUCAUCAAGGGAGUCGACACCAAGCCCGAGCCCAGUGGUUGGGGUGAGAGGCUUCCGUUCAAUACUGUCUGCGGAGAGUUUCUGAACAAUUCUGCUGGCUGGGUGCAUUCCGUGGCGUUCUCCCCAAGCGGAAAUAGCCUUGCUUUUGCCGCUCACGAUAGCAGUGUCACUGUUGUCUAUCCCUCUGCUCCUGAGCAGCCUCCUCGUGCCAUCCUGACCGUUUCCACCCAGCUUUUGCCGUUCAAGAGUUUGAUCUGGAAGAGUGAGGACGAGAUUAUUGCCGCCGGAUAUGAUUGCGAAGCCUUCCGCUUCAAAGGCGGCGAGUCGGGCUGGCAGCUAGCUGGUCCUGUUGAGGUGAAGGGCCGUGAUGCCGGAGCACAGCGCGAAGAAUCCGCGCUGAAUAUGUUCAGACAGAUGGAUCUCAGGGGUAAAACCAAGGAUGACACACAAUUGAAGACUGUUCACCAAAACACCGUUACUACUAUCCGCCCGUUUGAGUCUGCUGGUGGUCGUGUCACCAAGUUUAGCUCAAGCGGUGUGGAUGGACGUAUCGUAAUUUGGAACGCCUAA